AAAAGCACUGUGGAUUAUGGCAUUAUCAUUAUCGGCCAGGCUGAAAAUCAAACUGUUUGCGAAACCAUCGAAAGUCACUUGAAAUGGCUUCAACUGAAAAUAUGUUGCUUACCAAACUGCGUCAGCUUGAGUGCCACUUCACCUGGGAAUUGAAUUACACUCACUUAAAUGAUCUACAGAUCAGGCUUAAAAAUGAAAUUGAAUUGGCUUCGGAAAAGGACAAGAACAUCGGAUGGUUUUACGGUAAUCUGGCUUUCACAAAGUACAUGCAACGUCUCCUUGAGAAAGCACGGGAUGACUUGACAAAGGCUGAAGAGCACAUCAGAAAGCAGCAUGGUGACAACUGUGAGAAGCAGCUCAUCGUCACCUAUGGCAAUUUUGCAUGGGUGUAUUAUCACAAGGGUGAGCAUGAGAAAUCCCAGACCUACCUGGACAAGCUGGAGGGGAUUAAGAAGAAGUUUCCUACAGAAUCCCCUUCUGCUCUCCAUCCUGAAACCUAUGGGGAGAAAGGCAACGCAUUCAUGAAAUUCUUUCACCAAUACAAUGAGAAAGCAAAAGAGUGCUUUGAGAAGGCAGUGGAGUUGGAGCCAGAAGAGAUAGCAUGGAAUGAGGGGUAUGCUGUUGCUCUGUACCGCACUGAGUCCAAUCUCACGAGCUUUGAAGAGUCCCCAGCAAGCAGGCAGUUGAGGCGGGUCUUAGAGCUUGAUCCAAACAAUGCUCACAUUAUGGCUCUGCUGGGUCUGAAACACGCUGACUAUGAAGAGUAUCAGAAAGCAGAGGAGCUGAUGGAAAGGGCCAUGAAGUUGGAUCCCGACAAACCCUACGUGAUCCAGUAUGUGGCAAAGUUCUAUCGGAAAAUCGGCAAAGUGGAGGAGUCCAUAGCUCUUCUGAAAAGAGCACUGGAAAUUACUCCUGAUUCAGCCUUAUUGCACCAUCAACUUGCUCUCAGCUAUGGUUGGAAAACUGCAAACAACGAAGAGACUGAAGAUCUGUCAGGGCUGAGAAUCCAACACCUAGAGCAAGCAAUCUCCCUGAAACCAUCCUUCGUUUUGGCAAUGGUGGAAUUAGGACGCGUCUAUGCGGAAAUAAGAGACAACAGGAAAGCAGAGGAGAUGUUUAAAAAAGCAAUUGAAGCUGCUAAUGAUUCAAACGAGUACCAUCAGAUAGCCUAUUUAAAGUAUGCAAAUUUCCUGCUCUACCAGGAAAGAUCAGUGCCUAUGGCUGUGGUGUACUACAAGAAAGGACUCCAAUUACAGAAAGAUACAACCCAAUGGAAUGUGUGUGCAAGAAGACUUGAAAAGAUAGCAAAUGAUAAAAUCUCCAGAAACCCCAUUGAUGGCGAAGCCUUUGGGAUUCUGGGUUACGUUAAUCAAAUGAGAGGUGACACACACCAGGCCAUUGAGUGCUAUGAGAAGGCUAUUCUGUAUGACCCUGCCAAUGAGGAGUACCAAACUGCUCUGUUUGAUCUCUGCCUGUCUCUGCAAUGAUAUCCACUAUUAUUGCUUUAAUUUAAUUUUAAAUUAACUGUGAAAUGACGGCCUGAGGCUCUUUUAGAGUUUGGAGCUGGAGCUUGCUUUUCCACUUGUAUUAUUACUAAAAUAAAGAACUGGUCUUGUGGCCUAAAGGUCACAGUUUUGAUUCCCAGGAACGACGCUGCUGUUGUACCCUUGAGCAAGGUACUUUACCUGCAAUGCUUCAGUAUAUAUCCAACUGUAUAAAUGGAUGCAAUGUCAGUGCUAAAUUAAAUGUUGUGUAAGUCACUCUGGAUAAGAAUGUCUGCUAAAUUCCUGUAUGUAAUCAUUAUUGUUCUUAUAAUUAUUAUGUACUGUAUGUCAUGCUAAACAUGUUGGGCUUUUAAAAAAAUGUUAAAAUACUUUUAUUGUAAUUAUUCUUCAAAAGAAAGCACUUGGUAUUGUAUAUGAUAUGAAACAAAAAUGAUGAGACUAAUUUGAAAUAUGGAUUUUUAAAUGGGCUUAUUGGCUGCUAGUGGUAAUCAUUUGUUUGCUGUUGCUUUCUAUUGCAUUUGCUAUUUUGGUAAUUAAUAAAGACUUAUAUUAAUGAAA